AUGAGGACCCACGCAGACCGGGAAGUGGCGAACCGCACGGCGUUCGGCUCGGUGUUCGGGCUGACGGGGGCCGAGCCGAACGGGAGCGCCGGGCGUACCGGGAGCGGCGAGCUGUUCGCAAUGUACGCCCCCAGCUACCCGUACGGGCUGGUGUCGACCGAGGAGCAGGGCUACUUCGAGCACCUGGGCGCCGAGCUGGCCGGGCGCAACAGGACGGCGGACGGGAACCGGACGACGGCGGCGUACGGCGACUACGGCGCUGUGGACGUGCUGGGCGCCGAGUGCAGCAACGCCUACUCGGCCGGCCUGUACUUCCAGGUCACCAGCUACUUCCUGUACAUCACCAUCUUCGUGACCGCCGUCAUCGGCAACUCGAUCGUCCUGUUCAUCGUGCAGUCGAACCCGCGGAUGCGCACGGUGACCAACUUCUUCAUCACCAACCUGGCCGUCGGCGACCUGCUGAUGACGCUGUUCUGCGUCCCGUUCACCUUCAUCUCGCUCUUCAUCCUGCAGUACUGGCCGUUCGGGCUGACCAUGUGCCGGCUGGUCAACUACACGCAGGCGGUCUCGGUGCUGGUCAGCGCCUACACGCUCGUCGCCAUCAGUGGCGACCGUUACAUCGCCAUCAUGUGGCCGCUCCGGCCGCGCAUCACCAAAACGUGCUCCAAGUGUUUGAUCGGCGUCGUCUGGAUCAUCGCGCUCAUCACCGCCGUCCCGAUCGCCAUCUUCUCGACGCUCUACUUCCCGACCGACUGGCACGUGCAGUGUAACGUGCCGAUCUGUGCGGAGAUGUGGCCGUCGCCCGAGCAGGAUGACUACUACACCAUCGCCCUGCUGACAACCCAGUUCGUCAUACCGCUGCUCGUGCUGAUCUUCACCUACACCCGGAUCGCCAUCGUCGUGUGGGGCAAGCGGCCGCCCGGCGAAGCGGAGAACUCGCGCGAUCAGCGGAUGGCCAAGUCGAAGCGCAAGAUGAUCAAGAUGAUGGUGAUCGUUGUAAUCGUGUUCACCAUUUGCUGGUUACCGUUUAAUUUUCUGAUGCUAGUGAAGCUGGAGUCGUCGUGGGAGCUGUUGCCGUACUUCUGGUUCGCCUUCCACUGGCUGGCGAUGUCACACAGCUGCUACAACCCGAUCAUCUACUGCUACAUGAACGCCCGGUUCCGCAGCGGGUUCAUCCUGGUGCUGCACGGCGUGCCGGGGCUGCAGCAGCUCUGCUGCUGCAUCCGCCACGCGCCACCGACCAUGGCCCGUAACGCCGGCUCCAGUGUGGCGCUCGCCGGAGUCGAUGAAGUAUCGCAUUUGCAUCGAGUUAACACAUGUACCACGUACAUAAGCACCCGAAGGAAACCGACCACCAACGCACAGGCACAAUCAACCGAAACGUCCCUGCUACGGUGA